AUGGGAUCAAACAUCAAAGACCCACUGGAACUGCCAUGCGGUUUAGUUCUACCGAAUCGUUUAGUGAAAGCUGCGAUGGCUGAAGGGCUGGCAGAAAAGAAGCAUUUGCCAGGCACACGGAUUUUUAGCGUUUACGAACAAUGGGCAAAGGGCGGAUGGGGUGCCCUUCUCACAGGAAAUGUCCAGGUUGAUGUUCGUCACCUGGGAGGCUACGGCGAUCUAGCUACACGUGAGUAUCAAGGAGAUGAAGAGGACGCACUAAAUGCUUGGAGAAAAUACGCAAAUACCUGUCAACAAAACGGUACUCCUGCGAUUGCUCAGAUCUGCCACCCUGGUCGUCAGUCCCCGAGAGGCGCAGGUGAGCGUGGUUUCUUCGAGAAAACUAUUGCACCGAGUGAGAUUGCUCUCGAUAUCGGUAAUGGGCUAGCUGCUACUAUCGUACGGAAUAUCGUUUUCGGAGUGCCACAAGCCAUGUCCCAUUUCGAUAUCGAUCGUGUUAUCGCCCAGUUCGUCGGUUGUGCCCGUAUUCUGGCCCAGUGUAGCUUUUCAGGGAUUGAGAUACAUGCGGCACAUGGUUAUCUUUUAUCCCAAUUUCUCUCUGAAAAAAGCAAUACUCGUGAAGAUCAAUACGGCGGUAGCGCUGAACGGCGAGCCCGCAUUAUUCUCGAAAUUAUCCACCAAAUUCGAAAGGCCGUGCCUAAGACCUUCUGCAUUGGAAUCAAAUUGAACUCCGCCGAUCACAGCAGAUCGGAUUUCGAAGACACUAUGACUCAAAUUCGUCUCUUUUCUGAGGCUAAUGUGGACUUUCUGGAAAUAUCUGGCGGAACUUAUGAAGACCCGACGAUGAUGGGUCGUGGAUUACAAAACGAAACUAGCGAUACCGAGAACUCAAGAACACAAUCUCGAGAAGCCUUCUUCCUAGAUUUUGCGACAGAAACAAGAAAGCGAUUCCCGAAACUGAUCCUUAUGGUCACCGGAGGAUUUCGAACGCGCAAAGGAAUCGAGGCUGCAUUGAAGAGUGGUGUUUGCGAUCUCGUCGGCAUCGGCAGGCCGGCAGUUCUAAACGCAGAUUUCCCACGGCUCAUGAUGGAUGAUGAUGUCUAUUCUGAUAGACAAGCCCAGGCGUUGUUUUCCAAAGUCCCACUUCCGCUCUUGGCGAGGCUUCUCAAAAUCAGAAUGUUAGGUGGAGGGGCAGAAACACAAUACUUCCGAGCUCAAAUCCACCGUGUAGCUGCUGGAAAUGCUCCACAACCGCCAUGA